GCAGGGUUGGGACUUGGGCCACAACAGUGGGCUAUUAGGGUUAACAUUCUUUUCUUUAAUUGGGUACCUAUUUUUUCCUAAGCCCAAAAAAACCUCAGCCAAAAAGAGAAACAAUUACCUUGAGUGGCAUAGUAAGCGCGCCAAAGCCAUCAAAGUUUCCCGCGAUUUUUCUUGAAAAUCCCUAAACCUCAUCUCAGCACUCUUCUAACUCAUUUCUCUCACACACUGACUCUCACUCUCAUAGUCUCAGAAAAGUAGAGAGAGAGAAAGAAUAAACAAUGUCAGACGAAGAAGCUGCUGCAACUACCGCCGCCGGUAGGAGAAGGACCAGAGGUACCGCUUCCUCCGCCCGCAGCGAGGCCCUAGAGCGUCUCAAAGCCCGUGUCCGCGGCGGGCCCCAGAUCAGGCUCGAAAACCCUAUCUACGAUACUGUCGAGGAAGAAGAGUACAACGCCCUUGUCGCCAAGCGCCGCGAGCAGGCCCGUGCCUUCAUCGUUGACGACGAUGGCCUCGGCUACGGCGAUGAGGGGGAGGAAGAGGACUGGUCUAAGGGAGGCUUCUCUCUCUCCUCUGACGAAUCCGAUGGCGCCGAAAAUGAAGCCAAGCCAAAGCGGAAGAAGCUUGAAAAGAAAGAACAUAAUCCCAACCAGAAACGCACAUCGGCUGCGCUUUCCGCCGCCGCUGUCGGCGCCCAGCGGCUAUCCUCGAUGUUCACCUCAUCGCUGUUCAAGAAGAGCAGGGACGACAAGGCCCCCGACAGCAUCGUUGACGAUGUUCUGGCGGAGUUUGCAGCCGACGAGACCGAUAGGGAACGGCGGAGAAGAAUCCAUCCGAAAGCCAUUCCCAAUUCGAAUUCAAAUUCGUCCUCUGCUACAAACGAUGCUCUUCGGAUUAAUCGCGAUUUCGUUAGCAAUUCGUCAAUUGUUGGAGCAUCUGAUUUGAUGAGAGGUUCUUCGUUGCUCAACACUGCUGUAAAUUGUGAUGUUGAGUCGGUUAGGGUUGUUAGCAAUGACGUCAGUGAUUUGGGUUCAGAGCAGAAGAAAGGCGAGGCAGUUAAAGAAAAUGAGCUUUCAAUUGAAUGCUCGGAUAAUGGGAAAGUUUUUAGUUCUGAGAAUGGUGAUGCAUCAAUUGAGCAAGUUCCGAGUAAUGUUAAUGUUGGUAAGGAGGAAGUUGUGAAGGACUCUAAGGCAGAGGAAAAACCUGUUGCUGUGAAAAAGGAGUUGUUUACUUUGAAUGCAAAGCUUAAGGAAGAAAAAGAGGACCCUGCGUUGAGUGCUACUGCGGGUUGGCAAGCAGUGAGAAAUGGUGGUGCAGCGAAUGCAAAUGUUGGGGAUUCGAAAGCAUUGAGAGAGGCUUUGCAUAAAGAAGAACACUCGGAGUUCAAUCUGGAGGAAGAUGGUUCGCUACCUUUCUACAUACUCGAUGCCUAUGAGGAGUUUAAUGGAGCGAAUAGGGGAACACUUUAUUUAUUUGGGAAGGUUAAAGCCGGGAAUUCGUAUCAGAGUUGUUGUGUUGUUGUGAAGAACAUGCAAAGAUGUGUCUAUGCCAUUCCAAGUCACCCGAUACAUCUUACUGAUGAAAUGGUGAAACUUGAGAAAGAUGCUAAAAAAUCUGCAGAUUUCCAUAAAAAGCUGCAAGAUGCAGUAUCUGGUUUAAAGAACGAGUUAGCAAAACAUCUUCUGAACUUGAAUGUUUCAUGCUUUAGUAUGGCUCCUGUUAAGAGGAAGUAUGCAUUUGAAAGGUUCGAAAUUCCUUCUGGUGAAAGUUAUGUGCUUAAAAUCAGUUAUCCAUUCAAGGAUCAAAUACUUCCUGCGGACCUGAAAGGAGAAAGUUUCUCUGGUCUUUUAGGAACUCAUUACAGUGCUCUGGAGCUUUUUCUGGUUAAAAGAAAGAUUAAGGGACCUUCGUGGCUACAGGUUUCGAACUUUUCAAACUGCCCAACUUCUGAGAGGGAAAGAUUUGUUAGCUGGUGCAAAUUUGAAGUGAUUGUUGACUCCCCUAAAGACAUCAGGGUUUCAACUUCAUCAAAAAUCAGUUUUGAGAUUCCUCCUGUGGUUGUCACAGCAAUAAAUUUGAAAACCACCAUAAAUGAAAAACAGAACGUAAAUGAGAUUGUAUCUGCAUCUAUAGUCUGCUGCAAUAUGGUUAAGAUUGACACACCUAUGUUGGCUUCAGAAUGGAAGAGACCUGGAAUGCUUACCCAUUUUACUGUCAUUCGUAAAAUUGAUGGGAAUAUAUUUCCACUGGGGUUCAGCAAGGAGGUUACAGAGAGAAACUCAAAAGCUGGGUCAAAUGUUCUGUGUGUUGAAAGCAGUGAAAGAGCUUUGCUGAAUCGCCUGAUGACAGAAUUACACAAGUUGGAUAGCGAUGUUCUUGUUGGGCAUAAUAUAUCUGGAUUUGACCUGGAGGUACUCCUCCAUAGAUCCCAGGCGUGCAAAGUACCAAGCAACAUGUGGUCUAAACUAGGCCGCCUCAAGCGUUCUGCAUUGCCUAGGCUUGAUAGAGGAAGCAAGGCAUUUGGUUCUGGAGCUCGUCCUGCUGUCAUGUCUUGUAUGUCUGGCCGGCUUCUUUGUGAUACAUUCUUGUGUUCCCGUGAUCUGCUCAAAGAGGUCAGUUAUUCAUUAACUGAACUCACAAAAACGCAGCUGAAGAAGUUUAGGAAGGAAGUUGCUCCACAUGAUGUUCCAAAGAAGUUCCAAUCAGCUGAAUCCCUAAUUGAGCUUAUUGAAUGUAGUGAAACGGAUGCAUGGUUGUCCAUGGAACUCAUGUUUCAUUUGAGUGUUCUUCCUCUCACCCGCCAGCUGACUAAUAUUAGUGGUAAUCUGUGGGGGAAAACUCUUCAGGGUGCUCGGGCACAGAGAGUGGAGUUUCUUUUGUUGCAUGCUUUCCAUGCAAAGAAAUAUAUGGUGCCAGACAAAAUUCCAAACUAUGCAAAAGAAACAACAUUGACGAAACGCAAAGUAGCUCAUGGUGUUGAGGAUAGCAACUUACAAGAAGCAGAUGGUAAUGAGGCAAACUAUGAUAAUGAUGCUGCCGAUACUGAUAAUAAGAAAAGCAAAAAGGCUCCUUCUUAUGCUGGAGGUCUGGUAUUAGAGCCAAAGAAGGGACUAUAUGACAAAUAUAUACUACUUCUGGACUUCAAUAGUCUUUAUCCUUCUAUCAUUCAGGAAUAUAAUAUAUGCUUUACCACUGUUGAAAGAUCUCAAGGUGCAUCAUUUUCCCGUUUACCAUCCAGUCUAGAAACUGGGGUCUUGCCGGAGGUAAGAAAACACUUACUGGUAAAAAAGUGGAUGAAGAAAGCAUCUGGUCUUAAAGUGCAGCAACUGGACAUUCAGCAGCAAGCAUUGAAGCUUACUGCAAACAGUAUGUAUGGAUGCCUAGGAUUUUCCAAUUCAAGAUUUUAUGCAAAGCCAAUUGCUGAACUUAUAACCCUACAAGGAAGGGAGAUACUGCAGAGUACUGUUGAUCUUGUUCAGAAUAACUUGAACUUAGAGGUCAUAUAUGGUGAUACUGAUUCAAUAAUGAUAUACAGUGGUCUAGAUGAUAUUGCAAAAGCAAAAGCAAUGGCUUCAAAAGUUAUUCAAGAGGUCAAUAAGAAAUAUAGGUGCUUGGAAAUUGAUCUUGAUGGUUUGUACAAGAGGAUGCUACUACUUAAGAAAAAGAAAUAUGCAGCUGUUAAAGUGCAGUUCAACGAUGAUACCCCGUAUGAGGUUAUUGAACGUAAAGGUCUUGAUAUUGUCCGCCGGGAUUGGAGCUUAUUAGCUAAAGAAUUGGGUGAUUUUUGCUUGACUCAAAUUUUGUCAGGAGGAUCAUGUGAAGAUGUUGUUGAAUCAAUUCACAAUUAUCUCAUGCAGGAGCAAGAAAAAAUGAGGAGUGGACAAGUACCAUUGGAGAAAUAUGUCAUCAAUAAAACAUUGACUAAACCUCCGGAGGCUUAUCCUGAUGCCAAAAACCAGCCACAUGUUCUUGUGGCACAAAGAAUGAAGCAACAAGGUUACUCCUCUGGUUGUUCUGUUGGUGAUACAAUCCCUUACAUAAUUUGCUAUGAAGAGGGCUGUAGUUCAGGUAGUGCAACAGGUAUUGCUCAGCGUGCAAGGCAUCCCGAUGAACUAAAACAAGAGCAAGGGAAAUGGCUUAUUGACAUUGAGUACUAUUUGUCACAACAGAUUCAUCCAGUGGUAUCACGUCUUUGUGCAUCAAUCCAGGGCACAAGCCCAGAAAGACUGGCCGACUGUUUAGGGCUUGACUCAUCAAAGUUUCAACAUAAAUCAAGUGAAGCUCCAAGUAGUGAUCCUACAAGCUCACUUUUAUUUGCUGCUGAUGACGAAGAAAGGUACAGGGGAUGUGAGCCACUGGUAUUGUGUUGCCCCAGCUGCUCUGAUUCUUUUGACUGCCCACCUGUUUUUAAGUCAAUUUGUUUGUUGGGAAGUGAAAAGAUAAGCAGCUCAGGCACGGAGGAAUCCAGUUACAAAUUCUGGCAUAAACUGCGAUGUUCCAAAUGCCCGGAAGAUGGUGUUGGAAGAAUAUCUCCUGCAAUGCUAACCAAUCAGGUCAAAAUGCAAACAGAGAAGUUUGUUUUAAUGUACUACAGAGGUGUACUGAUGUGUGAUGAUGAAACGUGUAAGCAUACGACACGCAGUAUCAACCUUAAGUUGGUGGGUGAUUCUGAGAGAGGAACUGUUUGUCCAAAUUAUCCUCGAUGCAACGGCCGUCUCCACAGAAAGUACACCGAGGCAGACUUGUACAAGCAGCUCUCAUAUUUCUGCCAUGUGUUGGAUACUUUUUGCAGUAUGGAGAAGAUGGAGGCUAAAUCUAGGAUGCUAAUUGAGAAGGAGUUGAUGAAGAUUAGACCAAUGGUUGAUCUAGCAGCAUCCACGGUACAGAAGUUAAGAGACCGUUGUGCCUACGGUUGGGUGAAUUUGCAGGACUUUGUUGUUCCUGUUUAAUUUAUACCUCCGAAUCCAGCAAAUGGAAUACCCAUAUGUAAAUGUCAGUCAAAAGUACUUUAUUGUACAUUGAGUUAUACCAUCCUUGAUUU